AUGACCGUGGAGCUUGUUCAUAAUUAUGAGAAGAUAGCAACCUUUGCCACAGGCUACUUUUAUGACGACAGGAUGUUUUACAUAUUCGAAGUAGAAGACGUAAAACAAAUAUUAAAAUACAUGACUCUAAGCACAGCUGAUUUUGUUUCACUUCUAAAGCAAUCCGAAAAUAUAGUUAGUGCGAACCAACUAUUAAAAUGCACCAAAGGCGCUAGCGUUCGAGUUACAAAUUUUAAUGAAAUGGUUUCAGUAUUAACAACAGCUAGACAGUUCAUGAAAUUAAAUUUUCUCGAUGAAAUACUUACCGUGUUAAAUCUACUUGACAAAAACGACCUUAGUACUGCAUUAGAAUUACAAAAUCGCCAAGUCGCGGACGAAAACGAGAUCAAAGCUCUUAAAGCCAAAAUAGAAGAGUUGAAAGACGUAGAUCCAGAAGUAGUAAACGAAAACACCAAACUAAAGAAAGAAUUACAAGAUAAAGACGCAAAAAUCGCAAAACUCACGAAAGAACAACAAGAAGACAAACAAAAGGUUUCUCAGCUUACAGACCAGAUCACUAAAUUACAAACAGAAAACACAAAACUUACAGAAGAAAACACAAAAUUACAAGCAAAAGUACAAGAACAAGAAACAAACAUUCAUCAACUUUAUACAAUGAAUUAUCAAUAUGAUGUCUUGUUAAAAAUCACUCAACACAAGUAUUCUAAUGAUUUCAACAGUGUUUACACAUUCCUUGAUGCUUUAGCUGGUUGUGGCGAUCCAAACAUGAUGAAGAAAGCAUUUGAAGAAGGAGUUUGCGAAAAGAAAGAUGCAAGUGAUAAAAGUAUUCUUCAUGAAGCAUGUUUUAGAGGAAAUCUAAGAUUAGUACAAGCAUUAAUUGCUUCUGGCUGUAACAAAGAAAUGGUAAACAACAAAGGCUGCACGCCACUCAUUUAUGCUUCUGCUGGCUGUAAAAUUGAAGUUGCUCAAUAUCUUUUAUCAAUAAAAGCAAAUGUUGAAGCAAGAGACGUAAAUGGAUGGACACCAUUGAUUUUCGCUGCUCAAACACGUAAUAUUGAUUUAGUUAAAUUACUUAUUUCUAAUGGAGCAAAUAUUGAUUCUAAAGACAACAUUGGUUAUACAUCAUUGAUUCACGCAUCAAACAAAGGUCACCUUGAAAUUGUUCAGUGGCUUGUCACUCUUGGUGCAAAUAAAGAUGCAGCUGAUAAUGAUGGAAACACACCAUUGAUACAUGCAGCGUCAGCUGGACAUCUCGAAAUUGUUAAAUAUCUUGUACAAGCAGGAGCAAACAAAGAAUUGCAAAGCAAGAAUGGAAAUACUCCACUCAUUGCAGCUACUUAUGGAGGCUUCAUUGAAGUGAUUAAAUAUCUCAUUUCAUGCGGAGCCAACAAAGAAGCAACUGACAUUAAUGGAUGGACACCAUUGAUUGUUGCUUCCUCUGAAGGAAAGCUUGAAAUCGUCCAGUAUCUUAUCUCACUCGGAGUCAAUGUAGAAGCAAAGACUUCGAAUGGAAAUAAUUCACUCAUCCACGCAGCAAAUUAUGGACAUCUAGAAGUUGUUAAAUGUCUUAUCGCAGCUGGUGCUAAUAAAGAUUAUAGCAAUAACGGAUUUACUCCACUCUCAGUUUCAUCUGGUGAAGUUAGAAAUUACUUAAUUUUCAUUGGAGCUAUGUCAACAGUACCAAGACCAGAAACGAGAACAGAUACAAGGACAGAUACAAGGACAGAUACAAGGACAGAAACAAGGACAGACUCAAGGACAGACUCAAGAGAUGAGACAGAAACAAAACCAAAGUCAAAAUCAGAAAAAAAGUCAAAAUCAAAACAUAGAAAAGACUCUGAUUCAGACUCAGAUCAAAAAACUAAAAAGUCCCACCACAAAAGCCGUCAUCAUAGUAACAGACCAUAA